AUGAGGCCGUUCGUGAAUCGUGAUGAAUUCCUCAAGAAAAUCGAGCCGGAAUUUCUCGAAGAACCCGCGUACUCGGUUUGUUGUCGGAUCCAGGCCAAACCAACCGAGGAUAAAUGGAGUCACGAAGCCGUGGAAGCCUUCGAACAACUGACCCACAAUGAAGGUCACGAGAGGAAAUUUACUGUCAAAUUCCACCACGUUCAAGGCGGGGGAAAUGUGCGGUACAUUGUGGACUUAUUCGACUCUGACGGCCAUAGUGUGACUGACAAAUUUUUGUCUCUGGGUCACGGGAUUGCGUUGGACGAGUCUGAGAACCUGGAUGAUGAAUCCUGGCUUGAAGUCAAAGAGCUUUAUUGA